AUGCUCAAAGACCCGGCCGCCGGGAUUCCACCCCAGCUGUUGCCGCAUUUACACCUUGUUUCCAAGUAUCGGUAUCCCAUAACCAGCAACCCCUCCUUUGAGACGAUAGUUGGAUAUCUUCUCGAAGCUCCCAAGAUCGUGCGCGACCUGCAACCGGUGCAAUGGCAAUUCGUCGAAACACCUCCAGACGGCACUUUAAUGCUCACUUGGCAACCGCUUGAGUACCUGGGGACAAACUUUGCGAGCGACGGUUACGUUUGGGCAGACGCGGAACAUGUCUUCAAAUCGGAAGUCAGGGGCUAUACUCUCGAGAUGUUUCUGCAACGAUCGGGAUACCGAGCCUCAGGCGAGACGAUGGCGUGUCAUAGUAGGAGACGCUAUCGACUCCUCCCAGGGAGCGCGAACCCUGGAUUACCGCAUCCUGACCCUACCUUUUUUCUAACUCACUAUUCCAAAGCUGCCGCUCGCGAUCAUGUUCCUGCCACGUCCAUUCCCCUCAUGCCACAGGUACAUGCACAACUCCAACAGCGGCGAGCAAUCCAGAGCCAAGGCCAGCUACCACGAAAAGAAUUCAUGUUGCACGACCGUUCUAAUUGGCCUACCAUUCAUCUACCUCCCGCAGCGGCCAGAGCAGCGGCGCCGGGUCCAUUACCUCCUGCCCCGGCACACAGACGGGGACCAAGCAUUGCGCCCGAUACCACAUUGGAAGACGAGGAAGACGUUUCUCGUGGUGAUUUGUUCGACUUCAUGAGUCCACGGGACAUCAGUCGCCUCCGCUACGAGCAACACCACGAAUGGAUGGAGGAAAUCCUCGAGUCACCUUACCCGACUUUGUCGAUUGUACCGAGUGAUUUAGGUCUAGGCCGCAAGGGACCACUGGAGGAGCUGACCAAGGAUUUCUUUGGUGCCCCUGUGUCGGCCGCCCGGGAAGCCGCCGAUGGACCACCUCCGCGGGUUGGCAAGAUGCCGGAUGGCAAAGCCGAUGAAUUUGUCAAACGAGCCUCUGCCAAACUGGCUGACAUGCAGGUGGAACUGGAGAAUAUGAGGAAGAGACACGCCCGCCGACUGGAGAAACUCACUCGGUCGACUGCCCUGAAGGUGGCGGAGAAGAAACUACGGACGGCCUCGACGACUGUGCCGGAGAAGCGCCGCCACUCGGAUGAGGCGAGUGAUGCCGGAGAUGUGAGACCGCGAGAUGCAGUGGAAGAGAUCAUGCGUGAGGUGGAGUUGCAAACGGGCGGAAAGCUGCAAAAGACCGCCGGUGUAAGAUUAGUGUCGAACGGAGGGUUAGAGGAUCGAACCAAACCUAUACCGGCCACCGAUGGACCUGCAGCUGAGAUCGCCACAUUCGAUCCGACAGUCGUGGAUUCUCCAGCUAAUGGGGCUCAAUUGAGUAACCAGCAACAGCCGGGUGCUCCAGCCGGUGAGCAGAGGGCCGAAGACAAGGAAACCUCUGGGUUACCAAGGGAGCCACAAGCAAAUACCACUACAGGUGCGCAACCUACACCGCCUGUGCCGCAACCAGAUAUUUCCAACAACUCAGGCCAACAGCCCCGGAUCGAUAGUGGCCAGCAAGUUACACAUCUUCCGGAGCUGGAGGAUAUCGGCGCGGAUGCUCAUAUGGACGGUCUUGAAGACCAUGGAAACCAGGAAGGCAAUGAAUGGGUGAUGAUUGACGAGCAGGGUGGCCAAGAUGCCGAAGAAACAACCCUUCCGGAUCUACACAAUGUCGACCACCCGCCUCGAGACCAAGCGACGGCAGGAGACGGCACAGGUCAGCCGGGUGAAGCGACGAGCAACCAACCGCAACCGCAACCGCAAACCUCGCAGGCAGAACCAAGUCAGGAUCAGGAUGGGCGACUGGAUACACCCAACUUUGACAUUGGAGGCGAUUUCGACAAUGUCGAUGUGGACACGGCUGGAGAUGCACUUGCAAGUUAUGAGCAGGAUGAAGACCUCAACCUGGACGGGAUGGAGGAUUCGGCGUUUGUCGAUGCGUUCCACCCUGAAGAGGAUGAGGAGAUGUCGUAA